CCAUGCCAGGAAGAAGCUGCAGUCUCCUCCCCUCUCCUCCUUGCAGGAGAGGCCGGGGAGGGCGCGCGUCUUCCAGCAAGAGAGUUUCCCUGCUGGAGAACUUGGCGAGGUCUCCUCUGCCCGUUGGUGUGCGAGCUGGAUGGCAGCUGGAGAGCGAAGCCAGUUGAGUCGCGUCCUCCCCUCCCUCUAGAGACACCAUCGCUGCUCCAUCUCCCCGCCCCUCGCAACCACCUACCGCUGCAAAACCGCUCUGCAGCCGCUGCCGCCGCCACCACCCCGCGCUCCGAUUUCCCCAGAGGCUUCUUGCCCCUUCCGCCCCCCUCGCCGACCACCCUCCUUCGUGCUUUUGGACCCUCACUCAUCCACGCUCGCUUUUCCUGCCUGUCUCCACGCUCCACAAGUGCCGCGCGCAGUUCACUCCCCGCGCUCUGAGGCUUCGGAAGGUGGGGGGGGGGGAGAGAGAAAGAACAAGAGAGAGAGAUUGAGAGAGAGAGAGAAGAGGUGGGACUGGCACCCCCGCCCCCCAGCUCCGCAUGCUCGGCAGAGGCGGCCCUGCAAAGCUGCGCGGCCGCUAGGAGCUUCCCAGCGCGCUGAAAGCCACGGAGCUGUCCACGGUGCUGAAACCCCGCGCGGGCUGCCAGGCGAGCGGGCUCCCCGCGGUUGCCCGAGAGCCCCCUUUAUGUGCAGUUCUUGGCGCAUCGCAGCAGCGUCGAGCGGCUUGAGUUGCGGCGGCGGCGGAGACAGCCUCAGCUCGCCCGGGCUGGCGCUGAGAAGGAUGAAGGGCUUCCUCCGGCUGUUCUUGAGCUACUUGGUGGCGGACCUCCUCACCCUUUUGUGCCGGGCGCAGGAAAAAGCCGGGCAGCACUUGGGCAGCAUCGUGAUGCUCUCCGGGGGGAACCAGAGCCGAGAAGGGGAGCAGCACGUCGACGCCUCGGAGCCGCCCCCGACUCCGGAGGAAUGCAGGGGCUACUACGACGUGAUGGGCCAGUGGGACCCGUCGUUCAAUUGCAGCGUCCGGGAAUACCCUUUCUGUUGCGGCACUUGUGGCUUUCGCUUCUGCUGCAAGUACCGGAAGGGCCGCUUGGAUCAGGAUAUCUGCACCAACUACAUCAAGCCCCCCUGGCUGAACGGGCGCAAGACGCCCAACCGCCCCGUCGACCCUUCCCACGACCCCACCCGAGACAAAACCAACCUCAUCGUCUACAUCAUCUGCGGGGUGGUGGCUGUCAUGGUAUUGGUGGGCAUCUUCACCAAACUGGGGCUGGAGAAAGCGCAUCGACCUCAGAGGGAACACAUGUCCAGGGCUCUUGCUGAUGUUAUGAGACCAGAAGCUCCCUGCACAACAGACCACAUGGAACGAGAUCUCAACAUUGUGGUCCACGUGCAGCACUAUGAGAACAUGGAAACGAGACCUCCUGCAAACAACUUGCAUGCAACACAGAUGAACAACGUGGUGCCAACAUCGCCUCUUCUCCCACAGCUGACACAUCCACACUCCUUCCCAAGCAUGGGACAGAUCACAAAUCCGUACGAACAGCAGCCGCCAGGGAAGGAGCUUAACAAGUAUGCAUCCCUAAAAGCAGUAGCUGACAAGGUCAAUGACGACUUCUACUCCAAACGGCGCCAUCUCUCGGAGUUCGCCGCAAAGGGAAACCUGCCCCUCCACCCGGUGCAUAUGGAGGACGAACGCCCACACAUCCUCGAGGGCGGCACCAUGAAACACAACGGGCAGAAGUCGAAAGCCUCCAAGCCACACAUGCACCCUUUAGCGUACAAAACCUGGGACCCUAGCGACCAGUCCCUCCGAAGGCAUGCCUAUGCAACCAAAGGGAGGAACCUCGCAGGUGAUCCGGUGGGGAGUGAUCCACUCACGACGCGGAGUCAGCAUUACUUACCCACACAGCCAUACUUCAUCACCAACAGCAAGACAGAAGUGACUGUUUGAGACCAACUUUCUUCUUACUCUUUUUUUUUAAUUAAAAAAAACAACAAGGGGGAAAAACACAAACACAACUGGAAGAGAUAAGAUCAAAAGCUCGGAACAAGGAGAGGUGGACAUUCCUGGUGGAGGGGAGGCGGUGGUUCCUGGUUAAGGUAGCCAGCUAUGAGCCGAAGAUUGGGUUAGCGCUAUAUAGCAAUAUACACCGAAGGUUGUUUGAACUCCAUUUGUAUUUUACACUGGAAACCAACCCCUUGGGACUGAACCUUUCUUUCUUUCUUUCUUUCUUUCUUUCUUUCUUUCUUUCUUUCUACUCCAAAUUCAAAUCCAUGAUGAGAAGUAGCACAAUCUAGAGACACCAUCCAUCAGCUUAAGAACUUUUUCUGCAACGUCCCUGCCUUGGGCUAGAUGGGCAUCAACGCAAAACGAUACAUAAGGGUGGGAGGGACAUUGUGAAGUUCGGGGCUUUCUUUUGUACAAAUUUUAAGAUCUGUGGAGAAGAAGGGGAAGCUGAAACAACGAGCAAACGCCUGGAUAGAAAUCCUUACGUUUUAGUGUUUCCUUUUCUUUUUGUACCGUCACUAAAGAAGCAAGCAAGCAA